AUGAUCAGGGGUAAAAUGCAGCAGCAAAAGCAGACGCAGAAGGCUGUACAAGCCACGGAGCCUCCAAUAAUGUACCAGGCAGUAUCGUCGUUGGUACUUCGUCGAACACUGGGUGGAGGCGUUCCAGCAGUAGUAGACACUGUUGGCGGUGGCACCGUAGCUAGCGCUGAUCCAACCUAUGACACCUGGGCCUAUGGUGUUGUCAUUUACGAAGCCAUUGCGAAGGUGCCGCUCUCUCCUUAUGCUUGCCGCGGUAAGAGAGACAUGAACGCAUUAGAGGUUUGCAAGAUCGGUAUGUGGGACGAGCAGAGUGUCAAAAAGGCGCUCAAGCAUGUUCAGGACGACGAUGUCGCUCGUGACUUGCUCCGACAACUGCUUCACCACGACCUCAACAAGCAAUUUACAUCGAUGCGACAGGUUGGAACAUCCGUUUUUUUAGGCCGGAACCCGGAGGGGAUCAGGGCGAGCUCCUCCGCGGAAGGGGUCCGUUAA